GAACAGUGUAAACUGCAGAAAGUGGGUGAUUAAAAACUGUUAAGUUUAAAAAGUGAAUAAUACUAAAGAGCAGAGCGGCGCGUGCGCCGAUAAGACCGAAAUACCUCUCGGGGCUCCUCCUCCUCCUCCACUUACAGGAAGACUAAACUGACCUGCUGCGGUUAGGAGCACACGAAUAUCUGAGUACACGACCGACGUGAUGUGGGCUGAAAAAUUGGGGAAACAGCUGGGCCACCCAACACGAUCAGUAGUGGGGUGGCUGGUCAGCAAACUGCUCACAGUGCACAACCAGGUCCUUGAGGAGAAUGCUGUACAGCUGUGUGGAAUCCAGCCUGGGGACACAGUGCUGGAACUGGGUCAUGGCCCAGGUCUGGGUCUGCAGUCAGCGGCCAAACUGCUAACAGCGCCCACAGGCCACCUUAUAGGGGUGGAUUACUCAGAGUACAUGCAUCAGAUGGCAAGUGAGCAAGUGAAGGAACUCGUGGCAAGUGGGAAAGUGACACUGCACCACUGUGAUGUAGCAGCAAUGCCUCUAGCAGACAGCACUGUGGAUAAAGUCUUUCAUUGUAACUGCUACUACUUCUGGCCUGACCUCAGGAAGGGAGCUUCAGAGAUACACCGGGUAAUGAAACCAGGAGGCUUGAUGGUGACCACACUGAGGCUGUUCCGUGUGGCUACUUUGGCAGCAAAGAGAGCGAUACCAGGGGAGAACUGGCGCCCAGAGGCCUACAUGGCAGCUCUGAGAGACUCUGGCUUCACUGAUGUCAGAAUGGAGGACAAACAGCACAAAAACAUCACUUUUCAGGCUAUCUACGCCACUGCCUUAAAAUGAGAUGUGUGUACUCUACCUCACUGUGAGGUUUUAUAUGAUUACAUUGUUUUUCCAUGGCCGGUCCUUUUCAAGAUGGAAAGAUUGUGAUUUAUCAUGAUAAACAAAGCCAAAAUCAGAAGUGUAUCAUCUAACUACUUCACUCAAAAUUACACUAUAUUGUACUGUGUGGAGCUGCAUGAAAUAUUUUCUGAUGUCAGCAUAAAUUGUAAUAUGCCAAAUGUAUCUGUGCUGUAAAAAAAAACGUCUUUUCUGUCAUAUUUCUCCAGCGAUGAACAAUAAUUAAACUAAUAUUCAAAGCAA